AUGCGGCAGUCAAAGCGAAUGCGUUCCCCUGGUGUUUGGCUCAAUGAGUUCAGUUGGGAGGAGAGAGUGGAGAGCCGAAAGCGACAGAAGCGAGAUGAUUCGCACAGCAGUGAAAGGGAGAACAAAUCUCGAAGACUUCACCACCUCAAAACAAAUGAAGGGUAAAUAUGCUGACCUCAUUGACCCCAUCUGUCAUCCCAUUCACUGUAGUGGCCAACAUAACUAUCAGAUGCUCCACCUAUCCACAAGCAACCCCCAACUAGAUCUCUCCUUUUUACAUGCUAGAAGAUACCGACCCUAUCACUAUGCUUGUUUAAACAGGCCUGCACUGGGGUCAGAAGGCAAUCAUGUUUACAUUGAGACAAGCGAUGUGGCUCGGGAAACUUACCUCAAACCAGGGAUGAAAAAAUGGUUGUACACCGAAUUGACCCAUUAUCCCAACUGUUACACCAAGAAGAUUGAACGACUGCUAAUAAACUCGCAGUUGUUCAAUGUUCUCAGUGUAACGCAUUUCUCAUCCCUGGCUUGAGGUACGUUUUCCUGGCCAUAUCUCGCGCCGGCUUUCUUACUCUAAACAGGAAGUUUGUCUGACCCCAGUGCAGCUGUAAGCAAGCGUAGGGUCGGAAUCUAUUCUGGCUUUUCAGUUAGGUAGGUAGGGCCCAGCAAUUUUACACAUGUCAAAUGUUUUCACAGCAACAUAUUAAUGUGGUGAGGACAAGCUAUCAUCUAAUAAAUAAUAAGUGAAAUCUUAUUUCCAGAGAAAAAUCUGCUCUUUUCCAUGGCCUUGACAGAGGUGGUCACAAUUCUAUCAGGGUUCGUACAAUCCUGGAAAAGUCAUGGAAUUUUUAAAUGAUGUUUUACAGGCCUGGAAACGUUUUGGAAAAUGAUCAAAUCAGAAAAGUAAUGACUUCAUAGGUGCGCUUGAGUUUCAAGUUUGGGGAAGCUUACAGUUUAUCCUACAAUUUCUACCAUUCUGCGUGCCAGUUAUGAGCGUUUCAGAUGUCAAUUUUCGUGGAAAAUAACAGUAGCGAGGCUAUAUACAGGGGGUACCGGUACAGUCAAUUUGCGGGGACACAGACAUUCUCAGUCAUUGUCACGUGGUUAAUCAUAAAAAUCGGAGUUAAAAUGAUACAAAUCUAAAAGUAAACUAUUGCGAGAUCACCAGUGGCAAUGAAAAUGUCAAUGUUUACGUUUAUUUACCAGAGUGCUGUCCUAUUCUCUGUUCUUUGGAUUUAUAUGAGGAUCCAGCACCCGAUAUAGGUUUAUAUAAGGUGGAGUCGAGCACGUUGUUUAUCUUUUCAUGAUCACCAGCCCCUACCAUAUGAACACAUUGAUUUACUACUGGUGACAUAUGUAAUAGUGAAUAUAUAUAUUUUUUAACAGCAUUAAAAUGGUAUCUGACUUGGAAGUAGAUAAAGGGCAUCAUUGCCAAAAUCCUGAAAUAUCCCUUUAAAAGUCAUGGAAUUCUAUUUGUCAAAAUGUGUAUGAACCCUGUUCUAUACAUUUUUCGAAGUUCUAACUAUUCUUAUGGGAAGUCAUUGGACACUAUAUCACUGUCUGUUUUAUUGCUGGAAGGUAAAACCUGUUCAGUUCCUAUGUCCGUCUCUGAUUGAGCUGUAUGCUAUGUGAGAGAUGGAGGUUUAUGGUGGAAGUUUCCAGGGCAGGAGGGAAGGGCAGGGCAGCUCUAAUAAUAAGUCCCCCAGCGACGCCAACCUUUUCCUGGAAGAGACCUGACACCACCAGGGUGCCAUCGUGGCUCAUUCCUCAUAGCCUCUGCUGUAAGGACUUCACGGAUUCCUCACUAAGCCACAUCAAUAACUGUCGUAGUGGACACCUGUGCUUUCAAGUGUGCCAGAGAGGUAGAGGGGGAGAGCGGGAUGCUGCAUUCGGGAAGUAUUCAGACCCCUUGACUUUUUCCACAUUUUGUUACGUUACAGCCUUAUCUAUCAAUCUACACACAAUACCCCAUAAUGACAAAGCAAAAACAGGUUUUUAUCAAUUUUAGCAAAUUUAUAAUAAUAAAAAACUGAUUUAUAUAAGUUUGGUACCCUUCCCCAGAUCUGUGCCUUGACACAAUCCUGUCUCGGAGCUCUAUGGACAAUUCCUUCGACCUCAUGGCUUGGUUUUUGCUCUGACAUGCACUGUCAACUGUGGGACCUUGUAUAGACAGAUGUGUGCCUUUCCAAAUCAUGUCCAAUCAAUUGAAUUUACCACAGGUGGAAAGGGUCUGAAUACUUAUGUAAAUAAGGUAUUUCUGUUUUAUUAGCAAACAUUUCUAAACCUGUUUUCGCUUCGUCAUUAUGGGGUAUUGUGUGUAGAUUGAGGAAAAAUAAUAAUUUAAUCAAUUUUAGAGAGGCUGUAACAAAAUGUGGAAAAAGUCAAGGGGUCUGAAUACUUUGGCUGCUCAUAUUUAUGAUAGAUAAAUGUGAAAUGUUUAAAAUUAAAGGAUUACAUUUAUGUUUAUCGUCAAUUGCACACAAGGUCCAACCGAAACUUGACUUCCGCUUUUAACCCAAUCCUAAAUCGGAGAUGUGUGGGGGGCUGCCAAGUUGGACGCCCGGGGAGCUGUUGUUGUGGGGGGUUAACUGCCUUGCUCAAGGGCAGAAUAACUAAUUUUUCACCUUGUCGACUCUGGGAAUCGAACUAACAACCUUUCGGUUACUAACCGCUAGGCUAUCUGCCGCACUACAUGUCAUGAUCUGUUAAAAACUAUUAAUCUACAAUAUGCUUGAAUGCCAGACUUUCACACCAAGAACGCUGGAAUAACGACGUAGCACCCUGUAGUCGUAAAUCAGCGUGUUACUAAUCUUAAAAAAUAUAUAUAUAAAGCCCCUUGGGAUAGGGUGUUGGUGAAGCGUAGAUCCCGGCCAUUGGAACCAAGCAGUGACUUAAGUAGGAAGGAGGAGUCAGUCGUUAAGCUGUUUCUCCCUUUCAGGCAUUACCUGGAGACCCGCAGCCUGAACCAGCAGAGGCUAGAGUCUAAGGACAAGGGGGCCAGAGUAGCCAGCCUGGAGAUGGGCUACGACGAGGACAGCAGGGGCGCCUCCAGGGAUAGAGACGGAGACCGCGAGAGGGACAAGGAGUGGCACCACUACAGCAAGUCAUCUGGUCGGAGUGGCAAGAGCGGCCGCAGCAGACGCAGUAGCCGCCGAGGGCGGAGACGCAGCCCUUCUCACCGACGCUCCUCUUACUCGGUAUGAGAACCUACUCUCUCUUUCUCCUUCUCCUUCCCAAUAUGGUUAUUAGUGGUGUUAGCGUUCUGUGUGUCUAUCUCUCGCCCUAUGUACCACACCCACAGUAAAAAAUACUUAUGGAUCCUAUGUUAGUACCAAAAUCCACUGAAGAUCAUCUAGGCAUAACUUUAGCAGACUAGGAGCAAACACAUUUACGAGGCUUCAAUAAGAAUAGUAAAGGGAAGCUUUAUAUGUAUCAUUCACAGUCAAAAGAUAACCAAGAACUGUAACUUGAAGGAGACAAAUGCAUAUUAGCCUAUUCUACACUGUGAUAGCUUAUCAUUUUUUUUGUACCAUUUACUUUGAGAAAGUCUCUCACAUGAACAUUCUUGUUGUUGCCGUGUUUCUCUUCUGUAACACCCACUAUGUGGUGACGCCCCCUAUGCCUUUCUCUGGUGGGGCUGAAUUUGAAUGUGCUGCUCCCGCUGUGGUCCGCUGGCGCUGCCUGGUUCGCUACUACCCACCCACUCUGAAUGGGCCGAUCCAUCCGAAUCUCUCCCCCACGUCCGAUUCCCCCCUCCGCCCGCUGAAUGAAUGAAUGGCGCGUUCCGUCCGGUUGUGGUGGCCUGGCCUGAUGUUCUCUGGGUCGAUGAUGGUGGUUGAUGGUUGAUGAUGGUGGUGAUGGUCGUGAUGGGACAACAGAGGAGCCAUCAUCGCAGGAGCAGGAAAAGAUCCAGGAGUGUUGAGGAUGAUGACGAGGGUCACCUGAUCUAUCACAGGGGAGACAUGCUGAGAGCGAGAUGUAUAGAAUAUAUUCCCCUUUUUUUCUCUCUCUGUCAACUAUCUAUAUCUCUUUUGUUGUUGCUGUUUGGUUUUGAUAUUGUGAGCUGUUGCAAAAUACCCAUUCUAUUGUAGACACGUAUUGUAUUUGGGCGGGUAGGGUGUAUCAAUGUAUUGUUAAAUGUUGAUUAGUAUUACACCUUGCUACAUAACAUCAUUAUUAGUGUGAUGUGUGUACUGUGUAUUAUGUGCUGUUGGCUUGGAGCCCUGUUCUGUUCUAGUUGCAGACAGUAUAAUGCUAAAUCCAUAUCAAACAAAGCAGCUUAGGCCAAAUCAGUGCUAGCGGCAGCCAUUUUGUGGCAUAUCAGGUGUGAUGGUAGUGGAUGCCAGUCGUCACUCCUCUGGUUCCAACUAGUGCUCUUUAUUCCCUGUAGAUGAGAUUGUGUCCACUCUAGGAGAAGGAGCCUUUGGGAAAGUCGUGGAAUGCAUCGAUCACUCUAAGUAAGUCCCUCACUGGAAACGUCUGGAUAUCAUGGUGACUAUGCUUCUCUUUCUCCCCCCGCCCUUCUCUCUCUCUGUUAACUUUUGAGCACCUUCCUCGAGCAGAGAUUAAUGACCCGCUUUAAUGUGUACAGUAUGCUCUCACAAACUCAAUCUCUCCGUUUCUCACUUUCUUUCUCAUUUGAAAGUCUCUCUCUUCUCUAGACUUAACUGUUGGAUAUUUGUGUGUUGUCUGUGAUUCCAGAAGUGGUGCUCGCAUGGCACUGAAGAUCAUUAAAAACAUUGACCGCUACCGCGAGGCGGCAAUGGCAGAGGUGGAGGUGCUGGAGCAGAUGAACUCUCUGGACUGUGACCGGAGAUAGUAAGCCCCAUACAUUAGCAGAAAUCACGUUGGCCCUGCAUUACGAGGAUGAGAAGCAGUCACACAUGCACACAUUAAUUAUCAAAUAUCAGUAUGUCAUCAAAUAUCAAUAUCAGACAUCAUUGUUGCUCUUGCCUAGCUAGCUACCUUAAGAUGAAUGCACUAUCUGUAAGUCACUGAAUAAUAUUGUCUGCUAAAUGACAAAUUUUAAAUAUAAGUCCCUCUUUUUUUUUUUUUUUCUCCCUCUAUCCUUCCCCACUCUCUCCUCCCCCUCUCCAUCUCAGUGCAUGUGUGAGGAUGCUGGACUGGUUCGACCACCAUGGUCACGUGUGUAUAUCGUUUGAGCUGCUGGGGCUCAGUACCUAUGACUUCCUUAAGCAGAACAACUUCCAUCCGUUCCCUGUAGAACACAUCAGAAUCAUGGCCUACCAGAUCAUCAGAGCUGUACGAUGUGAGUAGUUACCAUAAAAUUGCAUAUUAGAACAUAUUGGAAUAGUAAUUUAAUAGGAUCUCUGUGGUAGUAACCACCACCCACUCUGGAUAAGAGCACUGCUAAAUGUCACAACUAAAAUGUUAUUGUGUGUGUCCCAAAUGGCACCCUAUUUUUCUCUAUCCAGUGCACUACUAUGAAGUGCAUUUCUUAGGGAAUAUGGUAACAUUUGGGAGGCAGAUAUUGUAAAUGAUAAGCUGGCAGGUAAGUGGUGACUACAGAGAUUGUUUAAGAUACAAGUGCAUUGGUCCGCGGACCCCAAACUGAUCCAAAUGUAGCAUUCAUCAGUCAGAAAAUUGGUUAAAACCUUUAUCACCUGUUCCCAAUUUUUUUUUGUUGUUGUUGCUCAUAUUACAUUUUUUUUACCUUCCGAAAAUACCUUAUCUUUUGUGACAUGAUGAGUCCUCUCCUUCAUUGUCGAACUGCAUGUGACUGUGUUGACAGUCAUUGAUCUACAAGUCAUUUUGCAUGCCAAACAACCCCAGGCAAUAUCAGUAGCCUAGUCAAACUGCGCACUGUGCCCAGCUUCGCGCACUGACCAACGCGAGGUAGGCGGCCUUUUCCUGAUCUUGCACAUCUGCGCGGCACCUUCAGCAUUCAAAUGCUUAAAUGGCUUGCGUGAUAUUAGGCUUUAUUAGUAGUUGAGCGACAACUGUUAAAUUGUUUUACCGGAAUAAAAGUAAACUAUCGGAGACAACUCAUCUGGCUAAAAUCAAAUAUAUUUUAUGUUGUUCAGGUUCACCAUCAGCAUUUAAAUAUUUGAUUUUGAGAUGGGGUGAAAUCCAAAGUUGUGCUGUGUAUUCAUUGGCUUUGUCAUAGCUCAUUUGUAAAUGAUAAAUAUUGAUACAUUACUAGCUCAAACACUUAAUCUGCAAAAAUGACAAGUUCAUUAGUGGGUGUUGGUGAAUUCAGAACCAAAGUGGGAGGGCAAAAAACACAGACUACAUUUAUCUGGAUGCUUAUCGAAUUGUCUUGAAAGGAAAAGAUGCACAUCCCUAAAACGAGUCUAUUCAAUUGUAUAGUGUAAUAGUAACAAGUGUUGUCUACUUUCCUGCCUGUGUUGAUUGUGUUUUAGUCCUACAUAAGAACAAGCUGACACACACUGACCUGAAGCCGGAGAACAUUCUGUUUGUGGACUCGAAGUACGACAUCGAGUACAACGCCAAAAUGGUACGAGUCUUAUCUACCUGGUCUCCUAUUGACAAAACACGGACUCACCUUAAAUUACCUGUGAAGUUCACUGAUUUGGUUGUCAAGCCUUACAUGACUUUGUGUACUGUCUGACUAACUGCAAUUCAUAUUUGUCAUGACUAAUCUCUGUCCUACAGAGGCGUGACAAGAGGACGUUGAAGAACCCAGAUGUGGUGGUGGUUGAUUUUGGCAACGCCACGUAUGAACAUGACCACCAUACCUCCGUAGUGUCCACACGCCACUACCGCGCUCCAGAGGUCAUUCUGGGUAAGAUACCAACUAUGCCACAACACGAAGUCCUGAUUAGAUCAACUUUAUUAUCCCACCAGGUGGCAAGUCAUUUGGUCGUGUGCUUAAAAGGACAAAGUACAUAGUUCAUUAAAAUACAGAAUAAUACACAAUAAAUUCAUAUGAAAAGUGCAAUGGGCUACAUAUUUACAGUGAAAGUGCAAUACAUAUUUACACUCCUAUCAACCAAUCAAGAGUCCAGGCAAUUACUGAUGGUAUGUUAUAAAGGCGCUUACAGACUUGAGCUGUCUCCCAAAUGGCACGCUAUUCCCUAUAUAUUGGACUUCUUUUGACCAGGACACAUGGGGUUCUUGCAUCCUUCGUUUCUCUGUUACUGAUGUAAUGCUUUUCUCUCUCUGUGUAGGUUUGGGAUGGGACCAUGCCUGUGACGUGUGGAGUCUGGGCUGUAUCCUCAUAGAGUACUACCUGGGAUCAACUCUCUUCCAGGUGGGUGACUAUCUGCUAUCACAUCAACAGCAUCAUACUAGAAUGCCUUCUAAAUGAUGCAUUCAUCUUAAGGUGUUCAGGCUUCUUUCUAUGCAUGGGUAGAUCAGUGUGUCCUGGAUGUAGACUCCACUCCAUGUCUCUCUUCUCUCCUCCAGACCCAUGACAGUAAAGAACACCUGGCUAUGAUGGAGAGGGUCCUUGGCCCCAUACCUGUACACCUCCUGCAGAAAACCAGGAAGCGUCGGUACGUCCACCGUUACAAGCUGGACUGGGACGCACACAGCUCUUCUGCCAGAUAUGUGAGGAAACACUGCAAACCGCUCAUGGUAAGGAGGGCCUCUCGCAAUAUGGGCCAAUCUAUUUUGAAUUGCGAAUGAUAUAAAGCCAUCUGAAUCACAGUGUUGGUGUGUCCUGUGGUGACUGAUAUCGAUGAAUCUGAUAAUCUCCUCUACUGUCUCCUCCCCAGCAAUACAUGACUGCCCAGAGUGCUGACCACGAGCAGCUAUUUGACUUAAUCCAGAAGAUGCUGGAGUAUGACCCGGCUGAACGCCUCUCCCUGGACCAGGCUCUCAGACACCCCUUCUUCACCUGCCUACGCAAGGCUACCAAAAACUGA